ACCUUGUGUUUGCGUGUCCUUCUUUAAAGCUUUACAGAUUUACAAAGUGACAAUUAUAGAAGUGAACCCACCAAUUGAAUUCAAUGGCCCAGCACACUGAACCCUUUCCCUUUCCAUGUGUUACCUUCUUCACAAACUGUUAAACACUGACAAAGCCUUAAAAAAUCCACCAACUAGUCUCCCAUAGAACCAUAAGAAACACGUACAACCAAAAAUCCACUUGAAAGUUGCGUGAAAAAUGAGGCUCAAGUUCUCAGCAGCGUGUUUUGUGUUAUUGUGGUUGGCGGUGGAAGAAGCCACAUGCUUCAGUUUGAGUUUGAGUUUGAGCAGAGAGAAAAAGGCGUCGGAAUUCAGGAACAAACUGGAUGAAAAGUUAGCCCCCUUGGCAUCACCGCCAGUUUCGUCAGAAACCAAGAAGAGUGGGAGGGUGUUGUACGUGAGUGAAUAUGGUGCGGACCCAACUGGGUCAGAAGAAAGCAGUGAUGGGAUUCUGAAAGCAUUGGAGGAUGCAUUUGAAUUGCAGAAAGAGAAGGGUGGUGAUCAAUUGGUGGAGGGUGUGAAUGAUCUUGGAGGGGUUGUCAUUGAUUUGGAAGGUGGCAACUACAAAAUCAGCAAACCCAUCACAUUCCCUUCAUCUGCUGGUGGCAAUCUUCUGGUAAAAGGAGGGACGUUGAGAGCAUCUGAUACAUUUCCUGGUGAUCGACAUCUAGUUGAAUUAUGGUCAUCAAAUUCGGGGAAACUCGAGACAAAAGAAUCUCUCAAUGAUGAUGACUUCAAAAACAUAAAAGCUCAGAACAAUGCAAUUUACUAUGAAGACAUAACAUUCCGUGACAUCCUCUUCGAUUCAUCCUAUAGAGGAGGAGGGAUUUUCAUAGUUGAUUCCGCUAGAACCCGGAUCAACAAUUGCUUUUUCCUUCAUUUCACCACAGAAGGAAUUCUGGUCCAGCAUGGACAUGAGACCUUCAUAUCAAGUUGUUUCCUCGGGCAGCACUCGACGGUCGGCGGAGACAAGGGCGAGAAGGACUUCUCAGGGGUGGCCAUUGAUCUUGCUAGCAAUGAUAAUGCAGUCACAGAUGUUGCAAUUUUCUCAGCAGCCAUUGGUGUUGUGCUGAGGGGUCAAGCUAACAUUCUAACUGGGGUGCAUUGUUAUAACAAGGCAACAUAUUUUGGUGGCAUAGGAAUCUUGGUGAAAUUGGCAGGUAAUUCACUAACUAGAAUUGACAACUGUUAUCUUGAUUACACUGGCAUAGUCAUGGAAGAUCCUGUUCAAGUUCAUGUCACUAAUGGGUUGUUUCUAGGGGAUGCUAAUGUUGUUUUGAAGUCUAUUAAGGGUCAAAUUUUGGGUUUGAAUAUAGUGGAUAAUAUGUUUAGUGGUGACCCCAACAAGAAGGCUCCGAUUGUAAAACUAGAGGGGCAAUUUAGUAGCAUUGAUCAAGUGGUGAUUGAUCGCAACAAUGUGAAUGGCAUGAGCUUGAGAUCAACGGUUGGGAAGUUAACUGCGAGUGGAAAUGGCACAAAGUGGGUGGCUGAUUUUUCAUCAGUCUUGGUGUUUCCUAAUAGGAUUAGUCAUUUUCAAUAUUCAUUUUAUGCUCAAGAUGAGCCUAAAUUUGUAGCACUUUCAGUGACUAAUGUUUCUGAUAAUGUCGUUGUUGUGGAGAGUGAGAAAGAAGCUAAAGGGUCUGUCUCCUUCAUAGUUGAACAAUGAGAAUGGAGACAGAGUGAUUGUAUUCAUUAAUUAAUGUAUUAAUAAAGAAUACCAAUAGUUUCAGAAUUUUUUCAAA